AGUGCCACGUUGGCAGCGCGAGCGACGCCUUCGUUUUCUAUUACUUUUGUUUCAUCGAUUCGACUAUAAAAUUUGUAAAAAAAAAAAGGAAGAAAGUGUGUGCACGAAAAUAAAUAUAUUGAUAUAUAAGAGAAAAAAGCAUAGAUUUGAGAUCAUUCAGAUCGUAUCGUGAGGAUAUCGGAAGAGCCUCCAAAGAAUAGACAAGAACGGAGUGUUUUAAUCGUGUGGGAAAGUAAAGGAGAAUAAAUACGAAAAGCAAAAGAGAGAAAGAGAGAGAGAUAGAUAGACAGACAGACAGAGAAAAAGAGGGAGCGAGCCAUUCUAAAGGUCCCUCUCUCCUUCUCUCUUUCUCUCUCUCUCUCUCUCUCUUUUUCACAACACAGCAAGUGGUGGGGAGUAAAAAUAUCUCUUUCUCUCUUCCUCUCUCUGCCUCUUACUCGACCCUCUGUGAAAUCCGAUUCCGACAAGCAAGCAAGGAGUCUCCGUCCCUUCUACUACUCUUCUACCCGAGCUCACUAGUCUACUUUCGUACUUUAUCGUGUUCGUUUCUGUGAUACCAGCGCUUCGUCACAUUGCGAGACUACACGCGGUUCUUUCUACAGAGAAGACACCCCUCGAUACAUUCUUUCUUUCAUGGAGGAACUUUAAUUACAAGAAAAUCUCUUUUCUUUCGUUUGCUAUAACACGUAUUCUGUGUGUGCGUGUACGUGCGUGCGUGCGUGUGUGUUUUGCGUGUCGCGUGUGUGCGCGUGCGCGCGCGCGCGUCUCGUGUGUUAAUAGUAUCUUGGAAAGGAGCACAAAAAGACACAUUUUUUCCUUGCCGAAAAAAGUGCAAUUAUGUCGUCAUCAACCUCUUCGGAUAUGAACUUCAUGGAUUUACUAUUUUCUCGCGAAGACGCCUUCCUUAAAGAUGUCGUUAAGGAUGAGCCUUUCGUCGAUCACAAUUACACUGACGACGCCAUCACGACGGAAGAAUGGCCAACGAAUCCGGACGAUUUCUUGGAUUCGAUCUUCAAAUUAGAAGAUAACCAAUUCAACCUGAUCGAGAACGAUUUAGAGGCAAUUCCAUCUUCCUCAUCGGACAGUGGACUGUCCAGUGCUCUGAGUCUAUCGUGCGAGCAACAAUUGAGCCCUCUUUUACCGAUCGAAGAAGACCAAGCUGAAGUCUCGAAUUCAGAUUUAAGCAGUCCCCAGAAUUUUAUGGAUUUCGAUUCACUGGGAAGUCCAAAUCAAUCGAUGGGUAGCAUCGACAGUCCUAUAAGAUCGGUUGUCAGCUCGAAUAUAGGAUCACCAGUCACGGAUGUUAACGAAGAAGUGGAGUUCGAACCAACCCUCGUAGCUGUGGUAAAUCCUAACAAUACCGUUCCUGAUUCUACUCCUGUCGUAACGACGGAUCAACAACCGACGGUUAAUAUAGAAACGCUAAUUAAGCAACAGGCGCAUGUGACGCCUCAGGAAAACACGGUGAAUGUUCGCAAUCUGACGUGCAAUGGAAAGAGAAACAUAAGGCAACUAAUUCGUGUUACACCAAUGGGAUCUGGUAACCCUAGAUCAAUUUUAUUACCCGUUAGCUUAAAGGACAUGAAGGAAGUACGAACGAUAAAGAUAAUAAAUGCAUCGCAAGCCAGAAAUCUCAAAGGUUUCAAGAUAAAUCAAGCGAAUAUCAUUAACAAACCUGUUCAGAUGACCAUUAAGCAAGAAGAUUCCAGCAGCGAGAAAGGUUGUAAUUCGAGUGACGAAAUUUCGGAAACAGAUUCACCUUAUCCAAGAUUAAAAUUAAAUGCUGAAGAAAAACGUCUUUUACAAAAGGAAGGAAUAACGUUACCGACUCAUUAUCCGCUCACGAAACACGAGGAACGCGAGCUGAAAAGGAUCAGACGUAAGAUUCGCAACAAGAUAUCUGCUCAGGAUUCGCGUAAAAGAAAAAAGGAAUACGUGGAUGGACUGGAGGAUCGUGUGAAACAGUGCACGGAAGAAAACAUGACGUUGCUCAAACGUAUAAAAGCACUCCAGUCGCAAAAUCAGAGUCUAGCUGGUCAACUUAAGAGACUCCAAGCAUUAAUACAGAAAAGCAACAAGAGCGCUCAACCAGCGACUUGUCUGAUGGUCCUAUUACUUUCGCUGGCUCUCGUAGCUGUUCCAAAUCUUCGACCACACUCAAAUUCCAACAAUGAACUCACGAAGGAACAGGAACAACCUGAAAAGAUGCCUCCUCUUGCAGGUCGCUCGAGAACACUCCUUUAUACGAAACAAUUAAAGGACGAAGAGCUGCAACAAUAUGGCGAGGAAUUGUUGCAGGAGGUCGAAGGUCUUUUGGAUCAUGAUUACAGUCCGGUUCAGAUGCCUCCUUACAAACGUCCUCGCAUUGAGAACGAAGUGAACAAUCAGAAAUUCGCUGCUUCUUCCGAUCAAGUUGGUGGUACGUUAGGUGGUAUACUUGGGGGCCAAGAAAUGCCAUUUAUGAAACCGAGCAAUCGGAAAUAUAUCGAGCCACCAUUGGACGACGUUUGGCCACCACCUAAUCCAGGCGGGAAAACGGAACCUAAAGUAGUCGACAAGCUUGAAGCUUUGACCAAUGAACUAAAGAUCAAUAUAUCUGAUUCAGAAGGCACCAGAACCGUCCUCGUAAAGGUACCUCAUGAACAGUGAGGUACCAUCUUUCUUUCUUUCUUUCUUUCUUUCUUUCUUUCUUUCUUUCUUUCUUUUUUUUCUUUCUUUCUUUUUUUUUCUUUCUUUCUUUCUUUUCCUUCCUUUCUAGAGAUAACAACAACAAGAAAGAAUAAAUAUUGUUUAAAUGAUAUCGAAAGGUCGCGAAAGUACGCAUAUAUCUCAAUGGUUUUCGUCGUAACUUUCGGAUUUCUAAGAAACAUACAUAGAUAUACUUAGCGACAAGGUUAAAAGAUUAAUAGCGAAACAAAUUCAAACGAAACAUCAAGAAUUUAAUAUAUUCCUCUAAUAAUACACAUUAUUCGUUUUACUUUAAAUAAAUGUUUAUUAUACGAGAGGGUCGAUCAUGGAAUAUUAUAAUAGAAUCGUCCGAUCAGCGUUAGUUUUAAUAAUCAUAUAUAGAAAAUAAAAAAUAUGUUAACUAUCGGUGGAACUGUUAACAAUAAGAUUAUAUCGUCAUUGUACGGAAAGAGAGAAAAAAUAUCAUGUAUUAUUAAUUCUUUACAUGUUAAUGGAGGCUUUGGUAUUCUUCAUUUACUGAUAAGACACUUAUCGAGUAAAACUUGAAUUUCAUUGUUAGUGAUAAAAUAUGUCUUAUGAGGCAAUUAUAUUUAGAACAGAUAUCAUUAGGAAAAGCAGCAAACUUUUGUUCGUAAGGAGUAUAGAUUCUUUCGUUAUCUUUAAAAUCGAUGAUUCGAGUACCGUCAUUUUCUUUUACAUGUUAGUUAUAUCUCAAGAAAAAUAUCUAUUUAUAUGUUCAGUUCGAGGAAUUGAGAACGAUAAUCAAUAUUCAAUAAUAACCCGAUCAGUUUCGUUACAUAUGUUAAUAAUCAGAAAUUACAUACACACAUAUACAUAUAUGCACACACAUACGCGCAAGCACACAAAUUAAAAAUAUUUAGAAGUAUUGCAGUAACAUGGAUAUCAAUUCAUGUGAUUUGUGCGCUCGAACUGAACACCAAUAAAUAUCUUAACUGUUCAUAUAUACAUUCGAAUGACCAUGUAGAUCACGUUAUUAAUAGACUACUCUUUUUUAUCUAUAAUAUAUUAAGAAAUAAAUAAUCAUUCGUUAAAGGCAAGAAUCAAGUUGUCUUUUCUGUCGAAUCAUCGAAGAUUCGAAAUUCUUAUUCAAACAAGAUGUUUCUCUUAAUUAACCAUUUUAGAUAAUUUAUAGAAAGCUUGUAUUCAUGAAACAUUGUAUGGAUGGCUUAAAGUCAAUCGGAAUCUUGCAACGAGUAAUAUUGUUGUCAUAGGCAGUAAUACGAUUUUUGUAAAUAUUUGCAAUUGUAGAGUAUAUGAAUGACAAAGAUAUAUAUAUAUAUAUAUAUAUAUAUAUAUAUAUAUAUAUACAUAUACAUAUAUAUAUGAAAAUAUUUACCAUUAUAUUAUUAUUAUUUCUUUUUUAUUAUAUUAUAUUAUAUUAUAUUAUAUUAUAUUAUAUUAUAUUAUAUUAUAUUAUAUUAUAUUAUAUUAUAUUACAGCUUUAAAAAUUACUUUUUACGAAAAUACAAUGUGUAAUUUUAGGCACGUUAUUAUGCAAAAGAAAAAUAUUUAUAACGAUGUACGGUAGAAUACCCAUGAUCCGUCGAUAAAAAAAAAGACAAAGGUUAUAUCCAUAUGGAAAUAACGUCUCAUGGGAUAGUCUUACAAUGCAUGCUUUGUCUUUGUUGUUGUAAGAAGAUAAAAACGAAGGAAAGAAUAGAAAGAUAGGAAGUAGAGAAGAUAGAAAAUUGUUUCUUGAACAGUUAAGAAAUUCUAGAAAGAAAAACGGUACCCGUUAAGUUAGUUAAGUUUUCAAUAAUAACGAAAAAAAAAAAGAAAAAAGAAAAAGAUUUCAAUAUACAAGAGUAAAAAGUUAAGCGUGUAUUUUGCACCAAAUGCUAAGACUGUAUUGUGUAAAUCGCAUGCCGACAUUCUUUACUUCAAGAUAAGAAAGAAAAUGAAUUCAAAGUAUUCCUCGCCUGAUUUUUAUUUUGCGUUAUUAAAAUUUGAUUAUAAUUUUUAUUACUUUGUAUACGGCUCGCGACGCGCGCGUUCACAUAUGAUAUAUCAUCACUACAUACAUAGAUAUAUGCACGAAAUUGUAAAUAAAUAUAUCGAAAAAGUAUAUUUUA